AUGAAUGUCAAUCCAGCCGCAAGCGCGAACAACAACAUGAACACCAGCACGAACCACACGUAUGAUCUAAUAUCCCACCAACCUACUGCAACCUUCACGCAAGCUAUCAGCUUUCUCAAACAACACGUCAACAACGUUCUGGACGUAUUGCAGAGACUGUUGCUGAACACUCCUCGACCCGAAGUUGUUGCUGCGCUUGCAGUGUACCAACUUGGCACCAUCAGCGACUCGGAAGACUCCGAUGUCCAGACGAGUCAGGUCUUGAGCUAUACUGUUGUUACUCUGCGAUCCUUACGCAACAAACAUCAUCUCUUCGGCAGCUGUGAACUGGAGCUAGUCAAAGUUACCCCAGAAUCAAUCUCUACUGCCAAUAACGGGGUCUCGAACAGAGAUUUGACAAUCAGCAGCCAAGAGCGUCCUAACAAAGAUGACUCUUCAGAGCACGAUCCGGCUUGGGCGACCAAGCUUAAGGACUCCGAGAUUUGGGUUUUGGCGCCGUAUGAGGCCAUUGACGAAGAGAAAAUUAGACAUGGGACUGCUACGUUCGACGGCAUGGUCUUUCAUAACCAGACUUGCAAGUAUGAGGACUGGCACAAGUGGGUUCUCAAGCUGAUCAACGUCGACCCUGACGGCACGCACAUGCCUGUCAUCAAAGUUGUGAUCAAGCAGUCUGGGACCAUUGAAGACGCAUCCAAAGUCACUACCGAAAGCCCUUCUCAAGAUCAGGAGGAAGCAGUUGGUGUCCGAUUAGAUGGGGCUUCCCAUGGCGAGGGGAAGAACCCCGGCGACAGCCCCAAAAAGACCGUCAACCAUAAGCGGAAGAAGAACGCUGCCAAUGGCAAGGAUAUGACGGGCGGUAGCAAGAAGGCGAAAAAGUGA